AUGUCAACAAUUAAUAACCCUCUAAAUAUUAAAACAAGAUCACAUUCAUCAAUGGGUGGAGGUAUGAUUAUGGAUGAAAACAAAGUACCAAAAUCAUCAAUUGGUAUGGAUAAGAAAAUUGGUGGUACAACUGGAUUAAAAUCACACAGAGGUGCCCUUUCUGAUUUAACAAAUAAUACACAUCAAACAACUGGAAUGGCAACUAAAACUGUACAAUUGUCAAAUAAUAAUAUUAUUAUGCCACAACCAACAAAUACUAGAAAUAACAUUAUUACAAGAUCAAAAUCAAUUAUUGAUAAUGGUGCAAGUUUACGUAAUUCAGCAUUAAUUAGUGGAGUUUUACCAAAUGCCAAUGGACCAGUAAAUAAAGUACAAAAGAGAGAUAUUCAAUCAAUGGAAAUGAUGAAUAAUAUUCCCCAACAACCAGUUAUGAUUGACGAUGUUGAUAACGAUACCAAUAUGAUUCAAGAGGAACAAAUGGUCAUUGACAUUACAGAGGUACCAGAGAAUAUCGAUAUCUAUGAUAGCCACGAUCCACAAUGUGUUGGUGAAUAUGUUAAUGAAAUUUUCGCAUACUACCGUGAGAAGGAGCAAAUCGAUAAGAUUGACAAAGACUAUAUAAAGAAUCAAUACCAUAUCAAUGAACGUAUGCGUGCAAUCCUCGUCGAUUGGAUGAUGGCUGUUCAUGUCCGUUUCAAGUUGUUAUCUGAAACUUUCUUCCUCUCUGUCAAUAUCGUCGAUCGUUAUCUCGCUAAAGUAAUGAUUCCAGUCACUAAACUCCAAUUGGUUGGUAUUACCGCCAUUUUGUUAGCUUGUAAAUAUGAAGAGAUCUACAGUCCACAAAUCAAGGAUUUCGUUCAUACAUCCGAUGAUGCCUGCACCCACGCCGAGGUUAUCGACAUGGAAAGACAAAUCCUCUCAACUUUGCAAUUCCACAUGUCUGUCGCCACUCCUUUACACUUUUUACGUCGUUUCUCAAAGGCUGCUGGAUCAGACUCUCGUACUCAUUCACUCAGUAAAUACCUCUCUGAACUCUCAAUGGUUGAAUACAGAAUGGUUCAAUUCGUUCCAUCAAUGAUUGCCGCCGCUUCAAUCUAUGUCGCUCGUCGUAUGACCAUGAAGUCUGGUCCAUACUGGAAUGUAACACUUGAAUAUUACACUUGUUACAAGGAGUCUGAAAUCUUACAAUGUGCUCAAGAACUCAAAGAAGUUAGAAAGAGAGCUGACACCUCUAACCUUAAAGCCACAAGAAAGAAAUACUUGUCUUCAAAGUUAAUGGAAGUCGCUGCAAUUCCAGUUGUUGAAUUUUAA